AUGGGAGCACCGAAGAAAAGUGCUGCUAGGGUUUCAGAGGAUCAUGAUGAACUUGUUCGAGUUCCGUUACAAGCUAUUCUCUUGGCGGAUAGUUUUACUACAAAGUUCAGACCUAUCACUCUUGAACGCCCUAAAGUGCUUUUGCCGUUGGUGAAUGUUCCGAUGAUAAAUUACACAUUGACAUGGCUUGAAUCAGCUGGUGUAGAAGAGGUUUUUGUUUUCUGCUGUGCUCAUGCCAAGCAGGUGAUUAACUAUUUGGAGAAAUCUGAGUGGUUUUCUCAACCUAAUUUUACGGUAACGACUAUAGAGUCACAAAAUUCUGUUAGUGCUGGAGAUGCACUCCGUGUUAUCUACGAGCGCAAUGUGGGUUGUGUUUGCGGUGUCCGUGCUUCAAAGUUUGGCUAUGAAGUAGAUAUACUAUACUUGUAUUUGCAUAUACAAGGAGAUUUUGUUCUUAUCAGCGGAGAUACUGUAAGCAACAUGUCACUUACUCAAGCUCUUUUAGAACGUAAAGAAAGGAAGAAGAGAGAUAGUAAUGCUGUAAUGACCAUGGUUAUCAAACGGUCUAAAACCAAUCCAGCUAUCCGUCAGUCUCGACUUGGUACUGAUGAAAUUUUCAUGGCUAUUGAUCCCAAUACCAAGCAACUUCUGUCUUAUGAGGAUAAGGCAGACUAUUCAAAAGGCACUUUACAUCUUGAAAAUUCACUGCUUGCUGAUAAUCCUUCCCUCUCUCUGCACCAUGACAAGCAGUUUAGUUCAGGCUUAGUUAACAAUACCUAUGAUGUUACCUCAUGA